ACGAUUUCUUGUGACAAUACAACCAUGACGAUGGACGUCAAGCAAUCGCGUAUGAAUGUGAAGAUAGCACCGCCGAUACCGGACCAACAGGAUCAACAGCUGCAUCAUCAUGUGAACACCAAAAUGGUGGACCGGAAAUCAUCGUCGGGCACUAAACGUUCCUUUGACGUAGCGUUUCUAAUGCUCCCGGACGAAAAGCUAACGGCAGCACGCAAUGGGAAGGCUCCCAAAAGACAGCUUCCACCUGCCCCAUCGCCUACCAUAGAUGUGGAGAGUGAUUCGACCCAAUCGGAGGAUCUCUCCUUGAAAGGUGGCUUCAGUCCGGUUAGAUCUGCAGAAGUUGAACGUCAUUUCCCGCUGGAAGUGUUGAACGCCACUCGUCACCGUGCAUUACUGGUAGAUGGUUUGAGUUCCGGGCAUCCAUCUCCACUGAUCCAUCAUCCGCAACAACCGCACCCGCAACAUCAGCACCAUCAUCCCGCAGUCCACCAACAGCAGCUACAGCAUCCCGGUAGUGAGGAACGGCUAGCCUAUCUCUUCAACUCCGGUGCACGAUUCUACGAGCAUCCCUUUGGCGGAUUCAUUCGAAGCGAUUCCGACACGCAGCGUAGCGCAUUCCAGAAAGUGUCCAGUAUUAUUCCGAACGGUUCUCCACUGCCUCCGUUGAGUCCCGAUCGACACAGCUGUCCCUCAACGAGCCCACCGAUAUCUAUCAGUCCUUCCGGAUCGCAGACGGGUUCGGUUGGUGGUGGUUUCCGGGCGUACGAGUACGGACCAUUCCUGUCGCCAAGUCCCGGCAGCCCGUCAGCACCACCGCCAGGUCCGGCACGGUCUACAUCUCCAACGGGCAAACCAACCGGAACUCCAGCUGCUCCUGGACCACUUCCAAUGCUUUAUCGUCCAACCGAUCCGAACGAUCCUGCGAUGGCAGGUACGCCCUAUUUCCCAGGUGUUCCACCGUUCGGUUUACCACCGUUUGCCAGCGCACCUGCCCCUGCAAUGCCGGAAGCGGUGGAUGGUAUUAUUCGCAAUCCAGCUGCAGCAGCCAUCCUCUCCACCUUGCUACCAUCCGCCAUGAGCACCUUUACCCUCUCAGCGCAGAAUGUGUGCGCCAAAUGCAACAUUAGCUUCCGGAUGACGAGUGAUCUGGUGUACCAUAUGCGUUCGCACCACAAAAGUGAGCACGUGCACGAUCACGCCCGCCGGAAGCGCGAGGACAAGCUCAAGUGUCCGGUGUGCAAUGAAAGUUUUCGCGAGCGACAUCACCUGACACGUCACAUGACCGCGCACCAGGAUAAAGCGGGCGAUUUGUUAGAGAAGACGACGAACACGGGCGUGGGUGGAAAGAGUGCGGCGGCACGGCUUCAACACCAACACCAACUCCACCAGCAGCAACAGCAGUCACAACAUCUUCAUGUUGCUUCCACCGGUGGCCGGCUGGCGUAA